CAGGGCUUACGCCAAGGCCCUGUGGAUCUCCUGUCGCCUGCACCCUUUUUUCUGGCUCCCUUGGGCGGUCCCUGCUAAUUUAAAAACCCUCUGAGGGGAAGGGUCACCAGUGAGACCCAAGGUGAGGCCAAGCACCCACCCUCGGCCCUGGCCGCCAGUGCCGGCUUGUCCACCCAGCUCAGCCGCGGUCAAGAUGAUCCUUAUCUCCGGCAACCACAGGAAGCCACAGCUCUCCAAGUUCUGCCAGCUUCACGGUGAAGAUACACAACGGCAAAGCAUCAGGGAUACAUUCCGUUUGGUAUCCAAGAGAGAUGAAAGUGUUUGUAAUUUCCUAAAAGGGGGAUUAUUAAUUGAAGAAUCUGACAACAGACCAAUUGAGAGACAUGACGCAAUGUUAUAUUUUGUCUUCUAUGUAGAUUUUUCGGACAGUGAACUUGGCAUUGAAGAUAUAAUUCAAGCUGGUUUAAUGGGAGCUGCAGUCCCUGCUGUAUCAGCUGUAAAGAAUGUGAAUCUUCCUGAGAUUCCCAAGAAAUAUUUUGUGACAUCAGUAUAAAAGUGCCACACUUGUCCUCUUCUAAAUAAAAAAGUUAAAAGGCUACUCCUAGGUAAAAUCCAAGGGGAAGGGUCAUCUAAGUUUACCAUGCAGUUGUUUACCAAAAAUAGAGGAAGAGAGUCUUAACUUUUGCUCUUGGGUUUAAGUCAAGG